AUGCGCGUGGUGGUGAUCGGAGCAGGGGUCAUCGGGCUGUCCACCGCCCUCUGCAUCCAUGAGCGUUACCACUCAGUCCUGCAGCAGCUAGACAUGAAGGUCUAUGCGGACCGCUUCACCCCGUUCACCACCACUGAUGUGGCAGCUGGCUUCUGGCAGCCUUAUCUCUGCAACCCCAGCAACCAACGGGAGGUGGAAUGGAACCAGCAGACUUUUGACUAUCUCCUGAGUCACAUCAAUUCUCCUAAUGCUGAAAAAAUGGGCCUGGCCCUAAUCUCAGGCUACAACCUCUUCCGUGAAGUUGUUCCGGACCCUUUCUGGAAAGACAUGGUUCUGGCAUUUCGGAAGCUGACCCCUAGAGAGCUGGACAUGUUCCCUGAUUACAGCUACGGCUGGUUCAACACAAGCCUGAUUCUGGAGGGGAAGAGCUAUCUGCAGUGGCUAGCCGAAAGGUUAACUGAGAGGGGAGUGAAAUUCUUCCAGCGGAAGGUGGAGUCUUUGGAGGAGGUGGCAAGAGAAGGAGCAGAUGUGGUUAUCAACUGCACUGGAGCGUGGGCUGGGGCGCUGCAGCCUGACCCUCUGCUGCAGCCAGGCCGAGGGCAGAUCAUUCAGGUGGAGGCCCCUUGGAUGAAGCACUUCAUUGUCACCCAUGACCCUAGGAGUGGUAUCUACAAUUCUCCCUAUGUCAUCCCAGGGUAA